GAAUCACAAUUCAGGCGAGAAUACUCAGUCGGACUAAAUAUCCGUUCUGUAACUUCCGUUUUCAUCUGAGCAAGCCGUGGAUUGCAACAUUCCUGGUAAAGCCAGCUACUGAAACUGAAAGAUGCCGAAAAAGAAGACUGGUGCACGCAAGAAGGCAGAGAACCGCAAGGAACGGGAGAAACAGACUCGAGCCAACAAGGGCUUUGUUGACGUUGCAAAGUCCCCUUGCAAUUCAGCAAUGGAAUGUGACAAAUGCCAGAGACGGCAGAAGAACAGAGCUUUCUGCUACUUCUGUGCAAACGUUCAGAAGCUGCCCCAGUGCGGUCAAUGUGGCAAAACCAAAUGCAUGAAGUCAUCAGACUGUGUCAUCAAGCACCCAGGGAUCCACGCUACGGGAAUGGGCAUGGUGGGGGCAGUGUGUGACUUCUGUGAGGCCUGGGUGUGCCACGGGAGAAAGUGCCUCAGUACCCACGCUUGCACAUGUCCUCUCAUGGAUGCCGACUGUAUCGAGUGUGAACGCUGUGUAUGGGACCAUGGGGGAAGGGUAUACCGUUGCUCCUUCUGCCACAACUUCCUGUGUGAGGAUGACCAGUUUGAGCACCAAGCCAGUUGCCAAGUCCUGGAGGCGGAGACUUACAAAUGUGCUUCCUGCAACAGAUUAGGACAACACUCCUGCCUGCGUUGCAAGGCCUGUUUCUGUGACGACCAUGUGAAGAGUAAGGUGUUCAAACAGGACAAGGGUAAAAAUCCUCCCUGCCCCAAGUGUGGUCAUGAGACCCAGGAGACUAAGGACCUCAGCAUGUCCACCCGUACGACAAAGUUUGGCCGACAGAGUGGUGCUGACGAGGAUAGCUACGGCUAUGGAGGUUAUGGAGCCUCCGGCUACGACUCCUACUGGAAGAACGUGUCAUCGUCCGGAGGAGGGGAGGGAGACCAGGAGGACGAUGGCGGAGAUGACGAUGACGACGAGGAGGAGGAGGAUGAGGAGGAAGAUGAGGAGGAGGAGGAGGAGGAUGAUGAGGAGGAGAAAGAGGUAGCUGACUCUCUGGCCCGUCUUAAAAUUGAAGGGACCCCCGUGAUCGAAGCAGUUCCCUAGACGGAGGGUUUUCAAAAUGUUCCGUCAAUUCCAAAAGGGCUGGAAUCUCACCAGAGAAAUCAUCAGAGCGAGGGAAACCGCAGCCUUCUGUCUCCAUAUGUGUAGCCCAUGUAUCUGAUGCUGUCUGGACCAAAAGAGUGUGACAUGUUGUUGGCGUAGCAUUUGAUUGAUGCUAGCAAUCUUUUGGCCUCCCUUGAUAUAUAUAUUUUUUAAAUUUGCAUUUGCUGAGCUCAACGGUGGAUUGUCCUGGUGCAGCAAAAUGCCCUCCAAAGGAGGCCAGUUUGGAUUUGGCUUCAUACCAAUCAAAUCACUUUCUAAGAAAAGCUAUUUUCACAAAAACAUGUCUGUUUCUGGUCUGCUUGUGUUGAUGGCCUGCAGUAACUAGCUUACAAAAUCGUCCCUUUCUUAAGCCAUGGAUUUGGACUUGUGGUUUUGACUUAAUUCUCUGUACAGGCCAAUGAUUAUAAUCUAACAAUAAAGGAAUUAUGUGCCACUGA